GACAGAUAAAAUAGAAUUCGACGCUUUUAAUGCAUGCUCAAUUAACUUGCUUGCUGUACGCACGUGCGUGUGAUUACAAACAUUGCAAGUGCAAACAGGUGUAGUGUAUAAACCGCAUCAAGUUGAAUUCGGUGCGAAUCCGAAAUUCACCGUGCGUUUCUUUCGGCUGAUUCGAUCAGUAUUUUAGCGCGCCAAUUCCUCCCUCGGUUGGUGCUGGUCGGCUGCUGUCCGUUUGAUUCGCCUUCAUUCGAUCACCAGCGCUGGUCGGCGACGGAUCGGCGGCUCGCGGUCAGCACGUGCGGCUUCGAUGAGCCCCCAAACACCUUAAACAUCGGGGGAUUGAGUACGUUUGCCACACGAAAUGUAUUUCGAUCAAAGCGGUCUGGCGAUGGUCGGGCAGCCCGAGGGUGCCGAGUGCAUGACGGGCAUUAACAACGAGUAUGUCCAGAUGGAGUGCAUCCUCGCCGACGGCGGUGAGCGAUUUGGUGUGUGUGCAUUGGCUUUUGACCAGCACGAAGAACUCCUCUGGAUGGGCAAUCAGGGAGGGCAUAUCACCAGCUAUUACACAUCACACCUUCAGAAAUACACUUCGUUUCAAGUGCAUCCAAGUCAAGACAUUCGACAGAUCCUUGCAUUGGAUCAUGGUGUGCUGAUUUUGUCUGGAAGUCUACUCAGAUACCAGUUACGGCGGGGUAUACCGAUAUUUUCACAUACCUCUGAUAAUCUAACUGAGAUGCAGUGUAUGCUGCAAAUGUCCCCGACACGUCUGUUACUCGCUGGACAUCAAGACAAACUCAUCGAUUAUAAUAUAGGGGUUGGCCAAGAGACAAAACUGAUUGAAGUAGGUGAAGCUGGCUGUGCAAUGUUGCGAGCUCAUUGUCGUUUCGUGUGCGCUGGCAAUGCGCUGGGCCGUAUUGACCUACGCGAUCCGAACACAAUGAACAUUGAGCACACGCUCGACACCCACAGCGGCAACCUGAGCGAUUUCGACGUGCAGGGCAAUCUGCUAGUCACUUGCGGCUUCAGCAACCGCCAGGGACUGCUCAACGUCGACCGAUUUCUGCGCGUGUAUGAUUUACGGAUGAUGCGAGCGGUGAAUCCCAUCCAGACUGUGGUGGAUCCAAUGUAUUUGCGUUUCCUGCCGUUGGGAUCCUCUCGGCUUGCUGUGGUCUCGGCUGCUGGACAAUUACAACUGCUUGAUACUGUUGCAUUCACUGAGCCCCGUUUGUGUCUCGUGCAGAUGGAAAACCCGGGCGCGAUGUGUUUGUCGUUUGAUAUAAGCACAUCCAGUCAGUCUUUGGCGUUCGGUGACAGCACUGGAUCGAUUCAUCUCUUUGGAUCACAACCGCGGGCUGUGUUCAAUACUUACUCACGACUCACCGAGCAUGCGGAUGUCAUCGCACCGAUGAUAAACAUGUCGGUGAAUGAAUACGAGGCGCCAUUUUCGUCGAUUCCUAUGCCAAUCAGAGAUGAUGCCUUUGGCUCUGAUUGGCCACAGAAUUUAAUGGAGAAUUGUUAUAGACGCAGUCCGGCAAUAGAUCCAGAAAUUCUUCGCACGAUGAAAAUGCAGGGUCCGAUUGGCUACGCACCCAACCCAAAGGAGACGCGCCGCAAUCAAGUAACGUACAACCUCGAGAACAGCAAUGGCGGCGCCAUACCCAAGCAGAAGAAGAGCUACGCCGAGCGUAUUCAUACCAAGAUGGCGGCCGCUGAUGAGACUGGCGUGUUCGUCGCCAUUCCCAAGCGGUAUCGGCGCGUCGAGUUGAAGUACAAUAAACUGGGCGUCGAGGACUUCCAGUUCGACAUGUACAACAAAACUGAGUUCGCUGGUCUUGAAGCCAUCCUGCCAAACGCAUACUGUAACGCUAUGAUACAGGUUUUGUAUUAUAUUGAGCCGCUGCGUGCCACGCUCCUCUCACAUAUCUGCCAGAAAGAGUUCUGCUUAUCGUGCGAGCUCGGUUUUCUCUUCCACAUGAUCGCCAAUCAAACGCUGACGCCUUGCCAGCCGAGUAAUUUCCUGCGCGCUUUUCGUACAGUGCCAGAAGCAUCCGCGCUUGGAUUAAUCCUAAGCGAUAUGCACGCCGAUGCGAAACAACGCGUGGAUCUCGGUAUGCUUAUCCAAUGCUGGAACAGAUUUAUCCUGCAUCAGAUGGACAUGGAACUCCUGGAAACCCUGCGGAAGCUAAAAGAUGACGGUAAGAAUCUGCGUAAACCGUUUGUUUACAAAGAAAUCGACUUUCCGACAAUACUAAGCGGUGGGCAUGCAAAACGCGCAGCAGCGGCUGCUGCAGCCGCGGCCGCAGCUGCUGCGGGACAUCCAGAUGCAGGCCCAUAUCCCCCUGAAGAUCGUAACGAAGAUGUCACUGAAAUUCAUCAGUUAUUCGCCAUGAAACAAUGGUUGAUCAAUACUUGUCUAAAGUGUAAGUUUGAGGUGCGUAAAGAAGCCGUGCUUAUGCCGUGCAAUCUCAACUAUCCCACAAGUGAACCCGACCGCGAUUACUGGUCAUUCUGUCAGAUCCUCAAGCGUAGUCUCAACUACGAUCAAGUCACACCCGCCUGGUGUGACCGAUGCAAUAAAUUCUCGCCGACGUCGCAAUGUAGGCGAUUGUCGUCACUGCCGAAGGUGUUGUCAAUCAACACCAGCCUGCACAACCCGCAGAAUAAGUCAUUCUGGCAGAGUCAGAUGGAUAAGAAAGUGUCAAAAGCCACGCCGCAUGGCGAUUCAUCGCGGUCGACCACGCCGACGUUGGUCACCUCAGCGAAACCAUGUCGGUAUGGUGAUAAUUGCUCACGGCCCGGCUGCCGAUUCCGGCAUAACAGUGACACUGCCCCGCCACCGAACGGUCCGCAUACAAAUCCAUACUGUAGCAAUAAUUGGCUGCCGCAUCGCAUACGCAUGGCGAUCAAGGAUGAUUUAAUCGUGCAAAAGGUCGCUGGUGAGGAUACAGGCGGUGGUACUCCAACCACAGCCGGGAAUAAAAACGGUUUUGUUGAGUAUCAGCUGACGGCGAUUGUGUGCUACAUCACGGAACCUGCGGCGAUUGAGAAGCGUAGUCUUGUUGUGCUCAUCAAGGUGCCCGAUAGCUAUCACCCGGAGGGGCCGCGUAAGGAGGAAAGCCCGUGGUACAUCUUUAAUGAUUUUAGUAUCACGCCAGUCCCGCCACAGGAAGCAACUUGGUUUAGUUUCGAUUGGAAAACACCCUGUGUGUUGUACUACUCCACUGAUGAUGUCUACUGUGGGCGGACACAAGUCAGACACAGUCUGAACAAAGAUAUUUUCACUCAAGUUAGUUCGUUCACACGCGGUACAAGCGCGGCCAUUACGUUUACUCCGUUAGAAGAACAUGAAUAUCCGAAGAAAGGUGAUUUGGUUGGUAUGGACGCUGAGUUUGUUACUUUGAACCAAGAAGAAGCAGAGUUACGCAGCGAUGGUAAAAUGUCCACGAUUAAACCGUCGCAUUUAUCAGUCGCGCGUAUAACUUGCAUCAGAGGUCAAGGACCAAAUGAAGGUACCCCGUUCAUCGAUGAUUACAUCUCUACACAGGAGCAAGUCGUCGAUUACCUCACCAAGUUCUCCGGUAUCAAGCCAGGUGACCUCGACGCUAACUUCAGCUCGAAGCAUCUGACCACACUCAAGUCUACGUACAUCAAACUGCGCUACCUGCAGGACAGCGGCGUGAUCUUCGUCGGGCACGGCCUGAAGAACGAUUUCCGCGUGAUUAAUCUAGUGGUGCCGCAGGAGCAAGUCGUCGACACUGUCAACUUAUUUCAUCUACCUCACCAUCGCAUGGUUUCACUGCGUUUCCUCGCCUGGCAUUUCCUGGGAUUGAAAAUCCAAUCCGAGACUCAUGAUUCCACCGAAGAUGCGCGCGCGGCGCUACAGUUGUAUCGCUGUUACCUACGGCUGGAGAGUGAAGGUAGAGUCGGCAGCGCCCUCUCCGAGUUGUAUGAGCUUGGUAAAUCACUCAACUGGAAGGUGCCGGAAGAGUAAAACUCGCCAACGUUAGAGGUAUCCUCGCGUUUGAUGGACGCCUCUUUAUUUCUCGUGUUUUUUUUAAUAUUAUUGUUUCACUUACAAAUUGUCCGCAUUGUUUUAAUUCGCGUAGAUUUGUGCGAGCGCCGCGCGAGUCUAAAUUCGUCUGUACUUAAGCGUGCGGUGCGCCAGCUGCAAAUUGUAAUACGUACACAAAUUUUCUGUUUUACUACAAUUUGUGAUAAAGAGAUUUUUUAGAAAUGGACACUAGUGGUUUAUUAGUUCGUAAGUUGGUUGCGUGAAUGCGUCGUGCGUGUGCGGAGAUGUUAUGUGCAGAGUUGUGAAGACAACUUGUAUCGAUACAUAUUUUUUUAACGUCUAAAUAAACGAAACUUUUUAAUACUGCA